UUAAAAAAAUUCCUUAAGCUGUGCAUACAUAUUUUAUACACACUUGUUCAUAUGUGACCCAAAAUCAUAAUAAAAAACCAAUUCACAAAGUUCCUGAAAAUUUAACAAUCUGAUCCUGCAAGCCAGUACAAGCUAGCUGCUACAUAUCAUUCUCCAUGAUACACUCCAAACAUAGGCUUGGCAUUCAAAGCCAUUCAAGUCCAACUGCACAGCUUAUAGUUUCCUGAAUAGACCAAGCUAUUUCUCCCCUCUGGUAUGAAGCUUGCUCCCUCUGUCCUGAAUGUGCUUCCUGAAUGUGUUUUUGCUGUCUCCCACCAUUCACAACUACUCAUCUUUCAACUCAGUCCAGGGGCUGCUUUCAGGACAGGGCCCUGCCCUCUGGAAAAGCUGAUCAGUCAUCCCUUUGUGCUUCCAUUUCUCUAUGAGGACACUGAAACAUUCUUCACUAUGGCUUUGCUGUGGUCUUGUCCCACUAGACUGUAGAUUGCUAGAGAUCCUAGGCUGUCUUCACUGAUCUCCAAAUUCUAGGUGUGAAGUAUAUGGCGUGGCGCUUAGUGCUACUAUCAUUUGAUGACCUAUAAAUGAAUAAAAAAUAUGUAACCAAAGAGUGGUGUCUAUUACUAUCUUACUGUUUUUCUCUGGGAAGACAGGUGGUGGCUGAUGUAAGUGGCUGCACUCAAGCUGGGCUCUAAGGGAUGGGCCUUCCAGAAAGAAGGAAUUGUAUUUGUUUUCCUUUAUUGGACAUUGGCUUGCGUUAUAAAUGUUUUAUCACUGUGUGUGGCCUUUUGGGUGGCUUGGAAGUAUUUGGAAGAAGGCUCCAAAUGUUACUAUUAACCUAAGGCUUAAAAAAACGCUUUUUGAGGAAAUAUUCCAUUUUGAAAACCAUACUUGGUGCCUAGUGCUGAUUUUUUUUUUUUUUUAAGUAAUAUUCCAUUUUGAAAAGUGGUAAUAGAUUUGAAUAUACCUGGUGCUGGUAGGAUUUUAGUGAACUUCACAUAGCAAUGGAGUUUAUUUCCCUGGAGCAAAAACUGUUCUUUUGUUGUAUAAUUCAGGGAUAAUCACUUUUGCUUUGUAAUGCAGAGCAAAACAGUUGGAUUAACAGUUGUUCAAGAAAAACUCAAAUGCUAUUAUGGUGAGUAAUGGAAACAUUCCAUUUGUUAAGCAAACCAUAAUAUUGAACUGUUCUUACAAAUGUGAUGUAAUUUCUAAUUGUUGCUCAGCGAGACUGAAGAUAAUUCAGAGGCAAAUAGUGUUAACGCUUUACUUCUAACCCGUCUUUUUUUAUUAUGAUUUCAAACUCCUAAAACAUUCAUAUACAUAGAUAUACAUACCUUAGAUAUGUGUGCACACACACACAACCUCUACCAAACCCUUGUCUAUUGCAAUCUGUCUACCCUUGUAAGACCUCUUGAAAAUGUCCACUUCUUUACAUUUUUUUCAUUAGCUUAUUUCUCUUUAAAUCAUCUUGUGCAUUUUUAUAGACAAUGCUCUCUUAUGCGUGUGUGCGUGUGCGCGAGCUUGCGCACGCGCAUGCGUGUAAAAAGGUGGGUCAGUUCUGGGGUCAAAUCUAGUUCUGUUUUAUGAGGACUUAGGUUUUUGGGUUUUUUUUUCACUCCUAGAAUGUGCUAAUGUGAGAUGUGCCAUUGUUUGGUUUUAUUUUGUAACCCGUUGAACCCAACUGUGCUCAGGUGCUGUGGAUUCAGGGCAGAAGUUCCGGUUGUCCUCCAAUACUGUUUUUCUUCACUAUUACUAGAAUUUCAGCUAGGCACACGGUUGUCCUGAAUAGAUUACUCUAUUGGAUCAAUUUUAUAAACCGCUAAGAAAUAAUACCCAAGACGGGGAGUCCAGCAGCUCACGACUGCAUUAAAAUGGGAUACCAAGGUUUGGGAGAAGAAACUGAGAGACUUUAUUCCAAGGAAAAUUCUGGAAGCCCAUUUAGGAGUGAUUUAAUACUGAAGUUCUAAGUGUUGGUUACAAAUCCAGCCUCGACGUUUCUCAAAGUUGUACGAAGCACUCAAGUGUGAGUUGGGCGUCGUCGCAGAGCGCUUCACCUCAGGUGAAACAAAUCCUGAGACGGCGCAAGCCGCACCCGCAGGCAGACCCGCCCAGGCGGCCGCUCUGGGCUGCGCAGGAAAACGCGGGGCAAGCGGCCCCGAGACCGCCCGGAACAGAGAGCCACAGAGCGGCCCGACCGAGCCUUCCCGCCCACGCGCUGCGGCCUCCCCACUCCCCCCCCCCCCCCCCCCGGGGGCGCACAUGGAUCCCGCCCGAAGCAGCCCGGGUCGCCGGGCUGCGGCGCGAGAGCUACUGCGAGGCGCGGCCGCGGCCGCUAAGGGCCUUCGAGAAGAUCUGAGGGGGGCGGUGGUCCGACCCUGGAUCCCGAAGCAUGAGGGGCCCCGAGAGGAGGAGGCGGCGGCGGGACACGAGACCCUACUGCCAAAUGAGAGAAGCUUUCAGAAUGCUGCAAAAAGCAAUAAUUUGGAUCUUAUGGAGAAGCUGUUUGAAAAGAAGGUUAACAUUAAUGCUGUGAACAAUAUGAACCGCACAGCCCUGCAUUUUGCAGUGGGGGCGAAUCAUUUAUCCUCAGUGGAUUUCUUGCUUAAUCGCAAGGCCAGGGUGGAUGUUGCUGAUAAGCACGGCUUGACAGUAAUUCACCUUGCAGCCUGGUCUGGAAGUCUUGAGAUCAUGCUCAUGCUGGUUAGAGCUGGAGCAGACCAGAGAGCCAAGAAUCAGGAUGGAAUGAAUGCCCUCCACUUUGCAGCUCAGAACAAUAAUGUACGCAUUGUGGAGUACCUCAUUCAAGAUCUGCACUUGAAGGACCUGAACCAGCCCGAUGAGAAAGGAAGAAAACCAUUUCUUUGGGCAGCUGAGAGGGGCCACAUUGAAAUGAUAGAAAAACUUAUCUUCCUUAAUCUACAUACUUCAGAAAAAGACAAGGAGGGAAAUACUGCCCUGCACCUUGCAGCAAAGCAUGGUCACAGUCCUGCGGUCCAUGUGCUGCUAACCCAGCAGCAAGAAAUAAAUGAGAUCAAUGAGAAUGGAGAAACACCAUUCUUUCUGGCUGUUAAAGGAGGUCAUGAAGAAUGCAGCAAAGUGCUCCUGACAGCAGGAAGUGAUAUCAACAUUCCAAAUAAGCUCAACAUCAGUGCUUUGCAGAUAGCAACCCAGAACGGCCACACAUCCCUUGUGAGCUGUCUUCUCAGUAAGCAUGUUGACCUGUACCAGAAAGUGGAACCGAAGGAGUCCCCUCUUCAUUUAGCUGUUAUCCACAACCAUAUCACAGUUGUAAAGAGCUUAUUAAGUGCACAGCAUGACAUUAACAUCUUAAAUCAGAGGCAGCAGACUCCUUUGCACCUAGCUGCUGAUCUUGGCCAUGUGGAACUGGUGGACACUUUGCUGAAGGCAGGCUGUGACCUGAAGGUCGUUGAUAAGCAAGGGAAGACUGCCCUGGCCAUGGCCUCCAGAAGCAACCACAGCCUUGUAGUGGACAUGAUCAUUAAAGCAGAGAGAUACUACGCCUGGAGAGAGGAGCAUGGUGAGAGCAUCAAGGAGGACUCAUCAACCAGCUUUUCUUUGACAUUCAAGCAAGAUCACAGUCUGGAGACCAGGCAUAUUCGCAGUCUCCUCUGGAACCUGGCUUACCAUCAGCUAAAGGCCAAUGAAUGGCAGAAGCUUGCCCGUUCCUGGAACUUUACAGAUGACCAGAUCAGAGCCAUUGAGGAGCAGUGGUCAGGAAAGGGAAGUUUCCGUGAACACGGCCACAGGGCUUUGCUCAUCUGGCUGCACGGGACCCUGAUGACACAGGCCACUCCAGUCAAGCAUCUGUAUGAAGAGCUGGUACGCGCAGGUUUCCCAGAACUAGCUGAAAAGAUCCGUCAAUUCAAAAAUGAAACUGAUGGGAGGUCCAAGAAAUGUGCAGUUUCGUAAAUGAAAAGUCAAAAUUUUUUUUUGGUUUUUGCUUAAAGAAAAUUGUAUAUGAUUUUUGCAUUUCUGACAUAUGAUGCAACAUAUGUGAUAGCAUAAUCUAGGUUUUCGUUCAUCACGUUUUUUAAAAAAAAUGAUGGUAGGAACAGCAUCCUGGUAUAGGGAUUUAGAAUAGACAGACAUGGUUUUAAUCCUGGUUUUACUACUUAUUAACUGUGAACCUUUGGGCAUACUAAAUAUCCAAGAUCUCAGAUCUUCAGUUUCCUUCUCCAUAAAAUGGGGGAAUGUCUCUCUCUGCCACAGUAUUGAAGAUGAAGGUUGAAUGCCUGUGAAAUCCCUAGUCUCAUGCCCACAGUAUUGAAAUCAUCCCCUGUGAGUUAUUUCUCUUCAGUGAGAGAAACAGGCUUUGAUAAUUUAUAGUUACUUUUGGCUAUAAAUAACACAUAUGUGUAAUAAUAGUGCUUAGAAAAGACCGGAAGUAUGUAUACCAAUGUAUUUUUUUAAAUCUCUUGGUGGUGUAAUUACAGGUGGUUUUUAUUUUCUUUGUACUUUUUGGUACUUUCCAAUUUUUUUUUUUGACAAUAAGCAUGCAUUAUUUUUAUAAUCUGAGAGAAAUAAAUAUAAAAUCAAGUAUCAACUCAUAUCAGUUUACAUGCACCUAUUCAUCAUAAUUUAAGGCUCUCCUUUCUCAAACUCUGACUCUAAUUCCAUAAGGCACCAGAGAUAAAAUCAUGAGUAAUAUCAGUCCAAUUAUCCUGAAUUGAUAGUUUUACAUUUUGGUCUCAUCCUGAUUGUAAAUGGCCCACUUACUUCUAUAAAUGUUUAAAAUAGGGAACAUGUUCACAGGAGUCCAAAAAGUUUUUUAAAAAGGGAUUCAGUGGAAAGUCUUGUCCCCAUCUGUUCUUCAACAUGGCUGGUUUCCAGUGACCAUGCUACUUACUCCCCCUUCCAAAAUCUGGGUAACCUCUUUAUGCAGAAGUAAACAAAGAGAAUACAUACUCUUAUUCUAUAAGUGUCUUAACUGUUAAACUUAAGUUAAUUAACUUAGAGUAACACUAUUUGGUUCUGCUUUGGACAAUAUACACUUUCUAGAGCUUAAACACUUUUUAAAAAGAUGCUUAUGAUAUUCUCAGUUACAAUAUUCAUAACAUUCACUUUAGUUAGUCCACAUGGUUAUGGCUUGGAAACUGAAAACCAUUCCUAGUUGUCAUCUAGGUUCCUCAGAAAGCAGACCCUGAAACCAAAGUUUAUGAGUCGCUGCUUUUUUUAGGAGUGGAAAUCCAAGGAAGCAACAAUGAGGGAAAAGGGGAGUGAGAUGGGGAAGGAAGGGAGCCCAGACCAGGGUGAAAUACCAAACUGGCCACCACCUGGUAUCAAGCAUAACUGCUUAUCUGACUUUGAGGGCACUCUCUUCUGAGAGAUGGGCUGGACUAGUACCCCUCACGACAGUUUGUACGGGGGAGAAAGAAAGAACUGAUCUGUUAACACAAUGGGGUGUUAAUUCUGGGCCACAUAGGAGUAGCCUUCAAGUGGAGCCUGUGGUCACUUGUGAUCCUCUCAGAGUGCCUGAGGAAGCCCAGAGAAAAGCAUGGCCAUGGUACAGGUAGCAAAAGAUGAGGUGCUACUGGUUUGUGUUUGUUGAAACCCACGAGGAGCUGUUUGCCACAGUGCUAGCCAGGCCAGAACUCAGGACGCUGUUACAUAAGAACAAUCUAACACUCUAAGACACAAUACUCAAAUUCUUUAAUUCUGUAGUUCAGAAAAGCCUGGGUGUGCCCUUUAGAAAAUGGGAUAUUGCCCUAUCUCACAUUUGUUCUCAUGUCCUAUUACAAUGUGAAGCAAUAAGAAAAACUAUUUCCUGUAAUAACAUUAGAGCAUAGAGCUAGAUCAUGUUCAGAGUGAAAGAGGCUUCUAAUUAAGUCCAUCCACUUCUGUUAAAGAUACGAAAAUUGAGGCUCUGGACCAAUUCUUUAGAAUUUAUACUUGUUUUUGUGUAACCCAACGUACUUUGUGAAAGAGGUGGGAUAGGUAGAUCUCACUGUUUCACAGAUGGGAUCCUAAGAUUCAUGAAAUUAAAUAUCCAGCCCAAGAUCACCCAGUCAGCCAGCAAUAACACCAAUGGAACCUGGUCUUGUUUUGCUUGAUCAUUUUCACCCAGAUUCUUCGCACUGGCAGCUAGUGAAAGUCUUUCCCCGGGCCUAGAAGGUUUGCUGAGUUGCCCAGUGCUAUUAUCCUCACAGGGUGAUGUUUGGAUGUUCAGAGAGAAAAAAGGUUCAACACUGCAGAGUUUCAAAAAACAAGAAAGACCAUCAGAAAUAGGACCAUUCUAAUAGGAAAUUUCUUUUUGAUGACUCUGUUUCUGUACUAGUAAAAAAAAAUCUUUCCUUUUAUCAUUAAAAAUUAUUGAUAGGUCUCAUCAUUUCCCAUUUUUAAUUGUCAGAGUCUUAAGACAAUGAAGACUAAUACAUUAAAAUCACAAAAAAAACUUUGUGAUAAAGUAUCAUUAUUAAUCUUGGUCUUUAGCUCUUUAAUUUUAAAAUAAAAAUACCUUAGUUUCUGUUACUUUUAAAAAUAAAAUUAUUUUUAUGUUUACUUUUGAGAGAGAGACAGAAUGUGAGUGGGGGAGGGCA